AUGGCUGGUGUUUCUGUGCGUGAUAUGACUACCAAGUUUGGGAAGUUAGAGAAGUCUGGAGGAGUCGAUUUCAGAAGAUGGCAGAAGAAGAUGCACUUUCUUCUCACACCCCUUGAUAUGGUGACUGUUCAAAGCAUGUUGAUGCCCACCAUAUGGAGGACCGAAAUCUGCAAAUUGGCUAAGGAUGAAGCCUUAGAGAAAUUCAAGGUUUACAAAACUGAGGUUGAAUUGCAACAAAGUAACUUGAUUAAGAAGUUACGCACCGAUAGAGGUGGUGAGUAUUAUGAUCCUGCUUACUUUCAGUCUGUGGGUAUAAUACAUGAGGUCACAGCUCCUUAUACACCACAACAAAAUGGUGUAUCUGAGAGGAAGAACAGAGUCCUUAAAGAAAUGGUUAAUUCCAUGUUAUCCUACUCUGGAUUGAGUGACGGUUUCUGGGGUGAGGGCAUGUUAACAGCAUGUUACUUGUUGAACAGAGUUCCUAACAAAAGGAACAAGAUAACCCCAUAUGAACUUUGGUACAAAAAGAAGCCUAACUUGAACUACCUUCGAGUUUGGGGCUGCAGGGCUGUAGUAAGACUACCCCAACCAAAGAUAAGAACUUUGGGAGAAAGAGGUAUUGAUUGCAUCUUUAUUGGUUAUGCUGAGCAUUCCAAGGCUUAUAGGUUCUAUGUCAUUGAACCUAAUGAUUCUAUAGCAGUUCACACGAUUGGAACUGGACAAGGAGAUGGUACAAACGUACGUUCCAACAUCUCGGCUUGUGUUCCAACAACCAGCGAGUCACCUGUACUUCGUAGAAGUAAGAGAGGAAGGAUUGAGAAAUCAUUUGGUCCUGAAUUCCAAAUUUAUUUGGUAGAAGGUUCAAGAGAUGAGAUUGUUCUACAAUACUCAUAUUGUUACCUAGUUGGUGAUGAACCUAGGACAUUCAGUGAAGCUAUGGCUUCUAUUGAUGCUGCUUUCUGGAAAGAAGCUGUAAAUGAUGAGAUGGACUCUAUAGUAGGAAGCAAUACUUAUUUCCUGACUGAUCUCCCACCUGGUUGCAAAGCUUUAGGCUGCAAGUGGAUUUUCACAAAGAAAAUGUUGAUCGGUGGUGCAAUCGAUAAGUUCAAAGCUCGAUUGGUUAUACAAGGUUUUAGACAAAGGGAAGGCAUUGAUUAUUUUGAUACAUAUGCUCCUGUUGUCAGAAUCUCUUCUAUAAGGUUCUUGAUUGGUUUAGCAGCCAUUCAUGAUCUUGUGAUCCAUCAAAUGGAUGUUAAGACUGCAUUUUUAAAUGGUGUCUUGGAAGAAGAGGUGUAUAUGGAACAACCAGAGGGAUUUGUUGUGCCUGGAAGUGAGCACAAGGUGUGCAAGCUGGUGAAAUCACUGUAUGGGCUGAAACAAGCUCCUAAGCAAUGGCAUCAAAGAUUUGAUGAAGCUGUCUUGUCUUUUGGUUUUAAGAUUAACCAAUCAGAUAAGUGUUUAUAUAGCAAGUUUGAUGAUUCCAGUAAUGGAGUGAUCAUUUGUCUAUAUGUGGAUGACAUGUUGAUCUUUGGUACCAACCUUAGAUUAGUGGAACUCACAAAAGAGUUUUUGUCAUCAAAUUUCGCCAUGAAGGACAUGGGGGAGGCGGAUGUGAUUCUUGGUAUUAGAAUCAAGCGUGACAAUGGGAGGAUAUGUUUAUCACAAUCUCACUACGUUGAGAAAGUGUUAAAGAAGUUCAAUUACUUGAACUGUGCCCCUGUAAGUACUCCCAUGGAGGCAAGUGUAAAACUUAUGCCUAACACAGGAAAGGCUGUGUUGCAACACGAAUAUUCUCAAGUGAUUGGAUGCUUAAUGUAUGCAAUGACAAGCACAAGGCCAGAUAUUGCAUAUGCAGUUGGAAGGUUGAGUAGAUACACUAGUAAUCCUAGUACUCACCAUUGGCAGGCUGUAAAGCGUGUGCUCAAGUACUUGAGAGGAACCAUGGACUAUGGUUUGUGUUAUGGAGGAUUUCCUUCGGUUUUGGAAGGUUAUUCUGAUGCAAGUUGGAUCACCAACGUGGAAGAUCAUACUUCUACAAGUGGUUGGGUGUUCCUACUUGGGGGAGGUGCCAUUUCUUGGGCAUCUAAGAAACAAACUUGUAUCACAAGUUCGACUAUGGAAUCUGAGUUUGUGGCUUUGGCAGCUGCUGGUAGAGAGGCUGAGUGGUUGAGAAACCUUGUCUCUGAGAUUCCAUUGUGGUCGAAACCAGUGUCUCCUAUCUCAAUCCAUUGUGAUAGUCAAGCAACUUUGGCUAAGGCUUAUAGCCAAGUGUACAAUGGAAAGUCGAGACACCUUGGCGUAAGGCAUAGCGCUGUUCGUGAAUUGAUCACUCACGGUGUGAUAACUUUAGAGUUUGUUCGGUCUCAGCAGAAUCUAGCAGAUCACUUGACGAAGGGUCUGUCUAGGGACUUGGUAAUAAAGUCAGCUGAAGGGAUUGGUUUGAAGUCCAUCUCAAACCUCUAG